AGCAAGGCAAAGUAGAGUUUUUCAGCGACCGUCACCGAGCUGCGAAGGACUGCUUUUUUUUUUUUUUUUUUUUUUAAAUUUAAAUUACAUUCAGACGGCGAACCACGCACGGAUAAAAACAAAAAACUAAAUACAUGCGCUGAUAUUCUGCGCCAGGACUUGAAUUUCGGAGGAGUUGUCCAGAGGCGAGCGGCGGAAGAAAGGAGGAAACAAAUUAAAUCAGUGGGAAUGCAAGGAAUUAAAUAGAGACUUAGGCAUUUUGUCUGGCUACAAGUGUGUGUGUGUCUGUGCGUCUGUGUCUGUCUGUCUGUCUGUCUGUGUCUGUGUGUGUGUGUGAGGGAGAGUGUGUGUGUGUGUGUGUGGCUCUGCAUCCCAUCCUGAGAAGAGACGACAAACUUGAGUCCCACUUUACUUCAGCGUGCACGUCUGGAGUGGUAAUGUCUUGAAUCAGUGGCCUCUCCAGCCCAGUAAAGGACGUGCCAGUGCCGGGCUGCUGCUAAUGGGAACUCCUGCUCCGCCAUGAGUGCUCGUGAUGGCGUUGGUGGCAUGGGCACCCUGGGCCGGCGGCAGCGCUUCGAGAACUCGGAGUUCACCGUGCGCAUCUACCCGGGUGCCUUGGCCGAGGGCACCAUCUACUGUCCAAUCAGUGCCCGCAAGACCACCACAGCCGCUGAGGCCAUCGAACGUGUCAUUGAACGUCUGCAACUAGACCGCACCAAGUGUUAUGUUCUGGCUGAGGUGAAGGAGUUUGGUGGGGAAGAAUGGAUUCUGAACCCCUCCGACUGUCCCGUGCAGAGGAUGAUGCUCUGGCCCCGUGUGGCCCUAGAGCACCGGCCACUGUCUGGCGGCGAGGAUUACCGCUUCCUCCUAAGGCAGAAGAACCUGGAUGGCUCGAUUCACUAUGGCGGCAGCCUCCAGAUGUGGCUGCAGGUCACAGAGGAGCGCAGGCGCAUGGUGGAACGUGGACUGCUGCCACAACCUGAUUCUCAGGGCGACCAUGCAGAUCUAUGCUACCUGCCGGAACUCAACGAGCGCUCGCUGCUGGACAACCUGCGCUCGCGCUUCCGCCAGGAAAAGAUCUAUACUUAUGUUGGGAGCAUCCUCAUUGUCAUUAACCCCUUCAAGUUCCUGCCCAUCUACAACCCCAAGUAUGUGAAGAUGUAUGAUAAUCAUACACUGGGAGAUUUGGAGCCACAUAUUUACGCCGUGGCGGAUGUGGCUUACCACGCCAUGCUGCAGAGAGAGAGAAAUCAGUGCAUUGUUAUAUCUGGGGAGAGCGGCUCCGGGAAAACGCAAAGCACAAACUUCCUCAUUCAUCAUCUGACUGCUCUCAGCCAGAAGGGUUUUGCCAGUGGAGUGGAGCAGAUAAUCUUGGGGGCAGGGCCAGUACUAGAGGCGUUUGGGAACGCAAAGACAGCCCACAAUAACAACUCAAGUCGCUUUGGCAAAUUCAUUCAGGUGAACUACCAGGAGAGCGGCACUGUGAGAGGAGCCUAUGUGGAGAAAUACCUCCUGGAGAAGUCGAGGCUGGUCUAUCAGGAGCACAACGAGCGGAACUACCAUGUGUUUUACUACCUGCUGGCAGGAGCGAGUGAAGAUGAGAGGAAAGCCUUUCACCUCAUGAAGCCUGAAGAAUACCAUUACCUCAGUCAGAUGACAAAGAAAACCCACCAACUGCACUGGGACAGUUACUAUGAGAGUGAACCGGACUGUUUCGCAGUCGAAGGCGAAGACCUGAAGCAUGACUUUGAGAGGCUUCAGCUGGCGAUGGAGAUGGUGGGCUUUCUUCCUGCCACGCGUAAACAGAUCUUCUGCCUGCUGUCAGCCAUUCUUCACCUGGGCAACAUCCGCUACAAGAGGAAAACCUACAGGGACGACUCGAUCGACAUCUGUAACCCAGAGGUGCUCCCCGUUGUCUCUGAACUGCUGGAGGUCAAAGAAGAAAUGCUGUUUGAAGCUCUGACAACACGGAAGACAGUUACUGUCGGAGAGAAGCUGAUAGUUCCUUACAAACUUGCAGAGGCUGGUACAGUGCGAGACUCCAUGGCGAAGUCCCUGUACAGUGCUCUGUUUGACUGGAUUGUCUUCAGGAUCAACCACGCUCUGCUCAACGUCAAGGACCUGGUGGAGACCACCAAGAUCUUGUCCAUUGGAGUGCUGGACAUUUUUGGUUUUGAGGAUUAUGAGAACAACAGCUUCGAACAAUUCUGCAUUAACUUCGCCAACGAACGUCUCCAACAUUACUUCAACCAGCACAUCUUCAAGCUUGAACAAGAGGAAUAUAGGGCAGAGGGCAUCAGCUGGCACAACAUCGACUACAUCGACAACACAGGCUGCAUUAACCUGAUCAGUAAGAAGCCCACAGCGCUGUUCCACCUACUGGAUGAAGAGUGCAAUUUCCCUCAAGCCACCAACCAGACUUUGUUGGACAAGUUCAAGCGGCAACACGAGGGGAACAGCUACAUCGAGUUUCCUGCUGUUAUGGAGCCCGCCUUCAUUAUCAGACACUAUGCUGGAAAGGUCAAGUAUGGUGUCAAGGAUUUCAGGGAGAAGAACACAGACCACAUGCGCCCGGACAUUGUAGCUUUACUUAAGAGCAGCAAGAACGCAUUCAUCUGUGGGCUGAUGGGCAUCGACCCGGCAGCCACUUUCCGCUGGGCGGUACUCCGAGCCUACUUCAGGGCCCUGGUGGCUUUCAGAGAGGCCGGGAAGAGACACACGCAGAAGAAGACUGGGCAUGAUGACGCUGCUCCCUGUGCAGUUUUGAAAAGUGUGGAUAGUUUUAGCUUUCUGCAGCACCCUGUGCAUCAGAGAAGCUUAGAGAUCCUGCAGAGAUGCAAAGAGGAGAAGUACAGUGUGACCAGAAAGAGUCCACGCACGCCCCUGUCAGACCUUCAGGGAAGCAACACCAUCAAUGAGAAAUCACCACGGGGUUCUCCGGGCCUCGGCUGGAACGGGCGUGUGGGUCGACAGAGCCGCCUGUCAUCCGGCAGCUCCACCACAGAAGAAGACGGCAUCUUUUUCAACUCUGCCAGCAGCAAACUCCUUGAGAGAGCCCACGACAUCCUCAUGAGGAACAAAAACUACAAAUCUAAACCAGUUCUUCCGAAGCAUUUACUGAAUGUCAAGUCACUGAAGUACCUCAGCAACCUGACGCUUCACGACCGCAUCACCAAGUCCUUGCUUCACCUCCACAAGAAGAAGAAACCACCCAGUAUCAGCGCACAGUUCCAGGCCUCUCUCAAUAAGCUAAUGGAGACUCUGGGUCAGUCUGAGCCUUAUUUUGUCAAGUGCAUCCGUUCCAAUGCUGAGAAGCUGCCCUUAAGGUUUAAUGAUAACCUGGUGCUGAGGCAGCUGCGUUACACAGGUAUGCUGGAGACUGUGCGCAUCCGGCAGUCGGGCUACAACAUCAAGUACAGCUUCAAGGAUUUUGUCCAUCACUUCUCUGUGCUGCUCCCAGAGGGCACCAGUGCCACCAGAGAGGGCAUCCAGCAGUGUCUGGACCAGCUAGACCUAGAACCAGAUGGGUACCAAGUGGGAAAGACGAUGGUGUUUUUGCGGGAGGCUGAGCGCCAGCGUCUGCAGGCCUUACUCCACAGGGAAGUUCUCAGACGUAUCGUCACACUGCAGCGGCGAUUCAGAGCCCGGCUGGAAAGGAAGCAGUUUGUCAGGAUGAGAGAAGCAGCGAUCUGCAUCCAGAAAUGGUGGCGUUCAUACCGGUCCAUAGAAGAGGAGGAGGAGGAGAAUUAUGACCCUGCUGUCCAGGAGGGGGCAGCUUUGUGUGUGCAGAAACACUGGCGAGGUUUCAGGGAGCGUCAGAAGUUCAGGCUGUGGAGGGAGGCUGCUCUGGUGCUGCAGAGGGCAUGGAGGUUGUGGCUCUACCGGCGCUGCACAUCAGCUCUGGUUAUUCAGACAGCCUGGCGCUGUCAUCAAGCCAGAGAAGCCUACUUGCAUCUGUAUAGUGCUGUGGUACAACUGCAGGCAAUGGGCAGAGGCUACCUCGCCAGGCAGAGCUUCAAACAACUGAGAGAACAGAGACUGAAGGAGAAGGAGCAGCAGGAGAAGCUGCUUCAGCUACAGAAUGGCCAGGUGAGUCUCUUGCCAGAAGAAGAGGAGGAGCCGCCUGAGAGAAUCAUGGGGUUGGACCUCAGCACAUGGGAGGAUCGUUCCUACGAACAACGAGAAAAGAGCCUCCAAAUCCUCAGCAGCCACGAGGUAGCAGUUAAGGAGGAAGGAGAACAUGUUAGAACAAAAGAGAGCCCGUCUAAAGUGCAAACAGAGGCACUGGCCUCAUUCCCGACAUCCACUGUGGUGGUGCGAGAGAGGUCCAGAACUGUAGAUGAGCCCAGCCAGAAAACCACCCGGGCCAAGAGGGAGAGCCGGAGGAUGAGAGAGCUGGAGCAGGCUAAGUUCAGCCUGGAGCUCCUCAAGGUCCGGGCAACCAGCGGUGGAGCUUCGUCUCCAUCUGAGGAACGCCGCUGGUCUGUUGAGCUGGUGCCCCCUUCAACCCCACCUCUUCGUUCGCCCCAGGGCACUCCUGACAGCCAGAGCUCCAAAGGCAGCUUUGAGCAUCUCAGCAUGGAUGAUGAGCCACCCAAGGCUACAGAAGAAGUGACAGACAGUGAGGACCUCUGCUCCUCUCCUCCACCAGUAGCUCCAGUACCUGAGGAGGUUGUUUCAGCAAGCCCAAAGCCAGUUGAACCACAUAGGACAGGGGUUUCUGAUGCUGUUGCCCACCCAGGCAGCCAGGACGAGACUAAAAUGGAUCUUGCAGCCCCCUCUGCCCCCACACAUCCGCCCAAAAUCGAAAACUACCUCCCUACUUUUUACGUCCCUGCUAGUGAGGGCAGCACAGUAAUCUCCCGUCGUCCUGCAGAAGAGCCACAGCAAAACACAGCAGCGGCCAUCUCUACAACCACCACCACGGUUACCAAGCCCCUCAAAGAAAGGCGCGAGUCAGCACGUCGACCAGUGGUGGUGGUCAUCAGUAUGCAGAAAGAAACGCCACUAAGCGAAGAGCUGAGUGAUAUUGUCCGUCCCCCUGUAGAGGUUCGGGACUCUGCAGCCCAGACAGGGGAGUUGACGCCAUUGCAACAGAAACCAGACCCAUGUCUUGUGCCUCAAGGUCCCGUCCCCAUUUCUACCUCUGUCCCUCAGGCUGACCCGGGUAUCAUAGAGAAGCUGGUGCGACUGAACGAGGAGAAAGAGGAGAGGCAGCGUAAUCAGCAGCAGCAGAAUGAAAAAGAGAUGAUGGAGCAGAUCAGACAACAGAAAGAAGCACUGGAGCAGCAGCGUCUUUUCUUCGCUCAAUAUGAGAGAGACAUGUUUGAGAAACAAAGAGGAGAAGCUCUGCACAGGAUACAGCAGAGUCGGAAGAGUGGGCAAGAUGUUGGUGGAACUGCAACCUCCGGCAAGCCCCUUAGACCCAGCUCCCUGCUGGUUGAGAGGACAGCGAAGCUAGCUCCUCACGCCAGGACGCGGUCAGAUUCUACCGACCCAUCAAUGCACUCUGCCCCAGGUGAAGACAUCCUGGAACGUGCCCCUCACCCAAAGCUGCCUCCUCCACCUGCCUCUGCUCCCAGAGAAAGACACAGGCCUGUUCCUGAGGGCUGGGCACCCAAACUCACGCUGGAGUCCAAGGAUGGGGGAGGAACCAGAGUGAGAACAGCUACCAAGAAACCACCGAGUAAUCAAGGCACCUCAGUUAGUAUGACGGAUAAGCAAGGCAAAAUCUUCUUCUCUCCGAAGGACAAAGUGACGUUUACAAAGUUUGACGGUGAUGUUGUCACUAAAGAAACACCUGUAGCCAUUCCCAGAGAGGGACCCACACCAGCCUCCAAGCCUUCAAAAGGGACAAAAGUACGGGAUGUUGGCAGAGCGGGCCAAAAAAAGAAAGCCAGAAUGGCACGGACCCGCUCCGACUUCCUCACCCGCGCCCCCGUCCUCUCUGUUGGGGGUGAUUCAGACGAAGAUGACUAUGAUGGCGACAGCCCCGUCAGCCCCGUCAGCCCCGUCAGCCCCCGUCAUUACACUCUACCCCUCUCCAAACAGAGCUCCACGGAGACAGGCUUACGAGAGUCCUGUUUCAGUGACUCAGACAUGCCUGCAAGCUCUGAGGAGCAAAAGAAGAUGCACAAGGCCAUGUCAUCAGGAGAUUUGGUCAAAGUGGACUCACUGCGUAAGAACUCCCAAGAUGGAAGCAGGGUUCGUGGUAAGAUGCGAUUCUGGGGAAAGACCAAAUAUGGAGACAAGAAGACUUCCAGAGAAAAGCUGAUCUGUGGGGGGGAUUCCCUGGACGGUGACUAUGGAGACACUGGGCCAUUACUGGGAGAUACAGGUCAGGAAAACAUGUCGCCCCCCUGCAGUCCUGAUCUGAUGUUGGAUCAUGGGUUCAGAGACUUGAAGGAGAACAAGGAGCCGUCUCCCAAGGUGAAGCGAAGGCGCAGUGUUAAGAUCAGCAGCGUGGCUCUUGAACCGGCUCAGUGGCAGAACGACGCCCUGCAGAUCCUCACCUGCACCAACGACUACAGGAGCAUGAACGACUUCCUCAUGAAGAAGAUCAGCGACUUGGACACGGAGGACAGUAAGAAGGACACCAUGGUGGACGUUGUGUUUAAAAAGGCGUUGAAGGAAUUCCGUCUGAACAUCUUCAACUCUUACUCCACAGCGCUUGCGAUGGAUGAUGGGAAGAGUAUUCGCUACAAAGACCUCUACGCUCUGUUUGAGCACAUCCUGGAGAAGACCAUGCGGCAGGAGCAGAGGGACUGGAGAGAGUCUCCUGUCACAGUGUGGGUCAAUACAUUUAAAGUUUUCCUGGAUGAGUUCAUGACUGAGUACAAACCUCUGGACACCACCAUCAGCAAGCAGGUACCUAAACCUGAACGUAAAAAACGGAGGAAAAAGGACACUGACAUUGUGGAGGAGCAUAACGGCCAUAUCUUCAAGUCCACCCAGUACAGCAUCCCCACAUACUGUGAAUACUGCUCAUCGCUCAUUUGGAUGAUGGACCGUGCCUGUGUGUGCAAAUUGUGCCGGUACGCCUGCCACAGAAAGUGCUGCCAGAAGACUACCACCAAAUGCAGUAAGAAGUUUGAUCCAGAGCUUUCCUCCAGACAGUUCGGAGUGGAGGUUUCUCGUCUGACUAAUGACGAGAGGACAGUGCCCCUGGUAGUGGAGAAGCUUAUCAACUACAUUGAGAUGCAUGGCCUCUACACUGAAGGAAUAUACAGAAAAUCUGGCUCCACCAACAAAAUUAAGGAACUCAAGCAGGGACUUGACACAGAUGUGGACAGCAUGAAUCUGGACGACUACAACAUCCAUGUUAUUGCUAGUGUUUUCAAGCAGUGGUUGAGAGACCUGCCUAAUCCUCUGAUGACUUUUGAGCUGUAUGAGGAGUUUAUACGUGCCAUGUGUUUGCAGGAUAAAAAGGAAAUGAUCAGAGGGGUGUAUUCAGUUAUUGACCAGCUAAGCAGAACUCACCUGAACACUCUGGAACGCCUCAUAUUUCAUCUUGUCAGGAUCGCCUUGCAAGAGGACACCAACCGUAUGUCAGCAAACGCCUUGGCUAUAGUUUUUGCUCCCUGUAUCCUGCGCUGCCCUGACACCAUUGAUCCACUGCAGAGUGUCCAGGAUAUCGGCAAGACGACGGCGUGUGUAGAAGUUAUCAUUUGUGAACAGAUGAAUAAGUACAAAGUACGACUAAAGGACAUCAGUAGCCUGGAGUUUGCUGAGAACAAGGCCAAGUGCAGACUGACUCUCAUUCGACGGUCAAUGAAACCCGUACUAAUAGCCGUUAGAUUUAUGAGCAUAGCGCGCACUAUGCAGCCAAAUGCGGCUAAAAAGGGAAAAGGCCACGUACAGCGACUAAGCUACCACGCGCCUUCGCCUCCAGUUAGUCCCCGUUUGCCAUCUGUGGCUGAUGUUGUGAUAGAAGAAAGUGGUGAUGAAGAAGGAGCUGACUCGAUUGCACAAAUCUCAGAGCAUCAGCAGGUGGCCAUGCAGCAGGAGGAGAGAGUGCUGACAGAGCAAAUUGAGAGCCUGCAGAAAGAGAAAGAGGAGUUGACUUUUGAGAUGCUGACUCUGGAGCCACGAGCAUCAGAUGAUGAGACCCUGGAGUCAGAGGCCUCUAUCGGUACUGCAGACAGCUCUGAAAACCUCAAUGUGGACUCUGAGGGAACCAUUUCUGACUUCUCUGAGAGAGGUCCAGUAUUGACUUCCCCCUGGCCUGGGAGAUCCGAUGGCAAGAGCCCCCGACGCCGCGUACUCCGCCGGCAACCUGAAUCGCUGGACUCUGUGGACUCUUGCUCCAGUGUUUCCUCCUACUCCUCCUCAUCACAUUUCCACCCAUCAUCCUCUUCCUCUUCUGCCACCACCCGGCGCUUUCGUUUUCACGGCAAGUCUCCCUCUCUAGGCUCAAGUCCGGCACCGGCCCAGGCCCAGGCCCAGGCCCAGGCCCAGCCCCAGAGUCUGUACACAACCCAAGCCUCCCGAUCUGACAGCAUAGACAGUAGCCCUACUGGAGAUCAGGAAGGCGCAUAUGAUGAAAGGCCCCAGUUUACAAGCCGAGGCACCUUCAAUCCAGAGAGGGGCAAACAGAAACUUAAGGGGGCCAAGCAUCCAGCCUUGAGGCACUCCAGAGAAGGGGAUGGCCACGGCAGGGACCCUCCUGACAUACCACAGCAGCUGGUAUUGUAUGGCAGUAAUGAAUUCAUGGUAUGAAGGACCCUGGGACACCAAAGCACUCCCUAUUCAGCUCCCUGGUAGGCAUAUAUGUUCUCAAUGGGAGGCAACGCAAUGGCGAAUGAUCUCCACUUUUCAAAGCACUCUUGCUUAGCCUUUCUUUGUUCAAGUCUGCAAAGAAGUGCCCCCAAGUGCCGUGUACAGUGUUUCUACCCCCAGAAGGGGGGAAUGUUUGGCAGAGGGACAGAAAUCAGUGGACUUCUGUGAACUAAACUGCCACCCAUGCUCUCACAGUGCCUUGGCAGCUCUUUUCUCAGCGCCAAGAGGAGACGCAUUGAGCUGGAGGACAGAGAAAAGGGAAUGUUGGAAUAUGCGGAAGACCACUCUGCAUCAGGGAAUGUUACGGAGCUGGAAAGCUGAAGCAGUGUACUACAGUAAAUAAGAAGAAAUCAGGCAACAUCGGGCGUCACAGAUGUUACAGUGAACUUAAAGCUCACAAUUAUUAGCUGCUUUAUGAGUUUACAGUUCAUAACAAUCAGUGUAAGCAGUGGUUGCUCUGUUACUACAAAUUUAUUUUUCCCUUAUUUAAUAAAUUUUAAUGUCACAGAAAUUCUUUAUAGCAUAUAAUAUACAGGUAUAAAUACUGUACAAAGCCGGAACACCAGCUUCUGCUGGGUAGUUGAAGUCAAAUAUUUAUCUUUUUUUUUUUUUUUUUUUUGGAGUAUCUUGGACAGAGAUGUACGGAUUUGGGCAGUGGAUGAUUUGUGUGUGUGUUUGUUUGUGUGUGUGCAUGUGUGUGUGUGCAUGUGCCCUGGGCUCAUGUGUGAAUGUUUGUAUGUGUGAGAAAGAGAAAACCACUUUAUGUGUUUUAAGUUUGUGCUGCUUUUUUCCCCAUACAAGGGAAAUACCGCCAUCAAAGGGACCAAGUCAGCUGGUGUGUAUUCCAGCCAAGGGGAUCCCAGCUCUGUAAAGAAUGCCGGAUGUGUAUAAAAUUCCUGCAUUCACUGCUUAACAGCCAUACAACAAUUGUAAUGUACAGUACACUUCCUAUGUACAGUAUAGUGGACAAAUGCCAUUCUAUUCUUGAAAUCUGUUGUUACCCCCCACUCCCAAACCCAUCCCCACCUCCUGUCUUUAAAGUGUUUGCUCAAUAGCAACCAAGCAAGAACAUAAAA